AUGAUUUCUAAUGAUUAUACCAAGUUUUCUAGUAAACGGAGGUCGUUAAGGUAUAGUAAUAGGAUACUGUUAUUGAUGGGAACGAUAUUAUUGAUAGUAGUUUACUUUUAUUCAGAUAUAUUGGUCGAUAAGAGUAUUAUUAUGUUUAGAAAUGAAAAUAAAGGACAGAUGCUGUCAGGAUCAUUUACUCUGAGGCAUAUUUAUAGACAUGGUGUUGAUAAAGGUCAUCGAACGCAAGAAGUGUUGGAUAUUACUAAACAAAACGAAGAUGCGUUUGGAAGAUAUUUUAAAAGGGAGUUAGACGAAUUCAAUGCCAAUGCGGUUGGAUUGAAUACUGAUGAUCCAUUAAGAGAGCUAUGGACUUCAGACAAGCAAUUUAUUACAGAUAAUCCAUUCAAUUUUAAAUUUGGGCUUAAAGGGAAUAAACAAAUAUUGCAUAGGAUGGUCGAUAGAGAUCCAAGUUUUAUAGAACCAUAUUUGGAUUUUGCUAGAGAAUCUCCAGAUAUGGCAGCUAAAGUUACUAUAGAUUGGGUUGAGGGCGGUGAAGUCGUUGUGGUUCCAGAUAUAACGGAUAAAAAUACAGUAGUUUCUUUAGCACUUAUGUCAUCCAAUGCUUAUGUUAGGUUACCAUAUACAGAUGAUUGGAGAAAUGUUUCUUUGCCUUGGGAUAGCAAUGAUACUCCUGGUUAUGGCUGGGAAAGCAAUGGUAUUCGUGGGCAUGUAUUCGUUAAUGAUUUGGAAAAUAUAGUUGUAAUUUCCAUUAAAGGAACCAGUGCCCAAGGUCUGCCUGGAUCAGGAGAAGAUGAAACUACUGGAAACGAUAAAUUAAACGAUAAUCUGUUAUUCUCAUGCUGUUGUGCCAGAGUAAGUUAUCUUUGGACUACUGUCUGCGAUUGUUAUUUGAAAUCUUAUACAUGUGAUGAAACAUGUCUUGAACAAGCCAUUAAGGAAAAGGACCAUUACUAUCAAGCUGCAAUGGAUAUAUAUAAAGAUACUUUGAGGCAGUACCCCCAUGCUACAAUUUGGUUGACAGGACAUUCCUUAGGAGGUGCAUUAGCAAGUUUAGUAGGACGUACAUAUGGUUUACCUACAGUAGCUUUUGAAUCACCCGGUGAAUUACUUGCUGCCAAAAGAUUACAUUUGCCAUUUCCACCUGGCUUACCAAGUUAUGAUGAAGGUAUAUGGCAUAUCGGACAUACAGCAGAUCCAAUUUAUAUGGGUACAUGCAAUGGGGCAAGUUCUACAUGUUCAAUUGCAGGGUACGCGAUGGAGACAGGAUGCCACUCAGGUAAACAAUGUGUGUAUGAUGUAGUUCGUGAUAAAGGCUGGCACGUCAACAUGUUAAACCAUCGAAUCCAUACUGUCAUUGAUGGAAUUCUUACCAAAUAUGACAAAGUAGCAACUUGCCAUGAACCAGAUCCAUGUGUCGAUUGUUAUAAUUGGAACUUCAUGCCCCAUGGAAAGAAGCCAAAGAAGCAAACGACAUCAUCAUCAUCUGAAAAAGUGGAUACUAGUACAACUAAAUCGAUAGAUAGAACUACAAUUACUACAAGAACCAAUGAAAAGAAAUGGCAUCCUAAUCCUAAAGAUCCAUCCACUACGACAACCGAUGACAAGACUCUCAUGAGUAGUUGUUUACACCGUAAUUGGGUAGGAAUUUGUACUGAAUACACUACUUUCACCAAAAGACUGAUAUAA